GCUUCCGGAGCGGGCGGGAAGAUGGCGGCGGCCGGCGAGGAAGCGGAGGCGACGGACUGGGCGCUGCCGCUGGAGGUGGAGGUGCUGGAGUCCAUCUACCUGGAGGAGCUGCGGGUGGUGCGGGGCCGCGGCAGGUGGGAGCCUUGGGAGAUCAGCAUCACCCUGCACCCCGCCACGGCCCAGGACCAGGACUCCCAGUAUGUCCGUUUCACCCUGGUGCUUUCCGUGCCCCCCCAGUAUCCCAACAAAGCUCCAGAAAUCUCGAUCAGUAACUCACGGGGGCUGUCAGAUGAGCAAAUUCAAAAGAUUUCACAGACUCUCAGAAGUAUUGCUGAAGCCAGGCUGGGGACAGAAGUGCUCUACGAACUGAUUGAGAAGGGGAAGGAGAUCCUUACUGAUAACAACAUUCCUCAUGGCCAGUGCGUGAUCUGUCUCUACGGAUUUCAGGAGAGAGAAGCUUUCACAAAGACCCAGUGCUACCACUACUUCCACUCCCACUGCCUAGCCCGCUACGCCCAGCACAUGGAGGAGGAGAUCUUCAUGCAGCAGGAGGAGAGAGAACAACACCUGGCACCAUCCACCAAACAGGCGGUCGGUGUGCAGUGCCCUGUGUGCCGGGAGACCCUGGUCUAUGAUCUCUCUGCUCUGAAGGCAGCGCCACCCCCGCAGCACCCACUGGAGCUGUACAGGCCAGAUGCCAAGACACUGCAGCACCAGGAGGAGCUGCGCUUAAUUUUCAAGAGACAGCAGGAGAAAGGAGGCAUCAUUGACCCUGAAGCAGAGCGGAACCGUUACUUCAUCAGCCUCCAGGCGCCUCCAGCUGCUGUUGAUCCAGGCCAAGCAGCCUCUGCCUCUGAGCUGCCGGUGAGUGCGAGUGCUGUGAACAUUCCGCAGCCACCCGGCCAAGCCUCUGCUCCAGAGCCAGCCGGGGCACUGGAGGCCAGGGCAGAACCUGAGAGGUCUGCAGUGCCCAGAGAGCAGCAGAGCAAGAGGGAGAGGCACCGAGGGGAGAGGCCAGGCCCCAGAGGCCAGGGCAAGCAGACCUGCAGCAGCUUGCAGGAACCGGCAGGUGAAGGCCAUCAUCUGCUGCACGGCUCCAGGGGGCCCAGGGGCUUCAGCCGCAGACCGGAGAGGAGACCCGGUGGGAGGCACAGCCAGGAGUUUCCAAAGCCUCAUGGCAGAAGCAGGGCUAUUGCCUUGGCUGAAAGAAAGGAGUUGGACCCUGAAGACCCCUUGCCAGGAACAGAUACAGUGGACCUGAAAGGGGAGCAGCAUGAUAUGGAGAAAUGGACCCAAGAGGGGGCUGAGGCCACAGGCAGGGAGAAAGAAAAUCUGGCAUUCGACCAUAGAUCAGCUCCCAGCCGGCAGGGCCACCACAGACCCUGGGAUUGUGGGAGGUGGGAGAGGUCCAGGGUCCAGGAGCGUGGUUCCUACCCCAGAGCACCAAGAGGGCGAGGGGUGUUCAGGCCCAGUGGACAUCGAGAACCUCAUCUCGAGAAGGAGAGUGGCUCCUAGCAGGAGUAGUGAGGGGCUGGGCUGGGGAAGGGAGGGCCUGUUUCUGGGAAGAACAGUGGAGGCUUGGGUGGAUCAGUAGCAAGCAGACACCAUAUCCCUUGGGAGAGAGGGGGGCAGUUGGCACAUAGCAUAGCUUGGAACGGGGUACAUGCAAAGUGAAGCAUCCUGGCAUGAGAAACUGUCUGUCACCAUUGAGCUGACUCCUGACAAGUCAUGUCAGCCUUAGUCUCAGAGGACAAGGGGACAGAGGAAGCCUUGACCUGCAGCCAUCAUCCUUAUAUGUGAGCUGACAAGAAACAGGCAUACCUACAGAGCAUAUGGACUGAGUCAAGUGUGCUAUCACAGCAGAACUUGCCCUGAUAGCCAGUGUCACAGUGGAGCUGUGGUAGUGCCAAAUGGUGAGGCUGUGCCAGGGUGGCAGCCUGAAGCUAGGCUUGCUGUGUCCCCAUUUCCUUCUCAACUGCUCUCCCUGCCUCUUGGAGACAACAUGGUUUCUCCUGCAGCCCUGACUGCUCUUCAGCUGAUGGGUUCAUCCAUGCAAGUACUUUGUAGGACAGGACACUUCCCAGUCCCAGUUGGGAAUGCUAAAUAAAGCUUACGUCCAUGCAUUGGCAGGGCAGGGCUGAGGCUCUGGGUUGGCUCCUGGUCCCCCAGGAAGCCUGAAUUUAGCUGUAGCUCCUGCCCUGCCCUUCAGCAGCUUUUGUGCAGGCAGAAGCUCAUGGGGAGCUGGACUGGGAAGAGCACUGUGCUUUGCAACCUGUAUCUAUUGGGAUCCCCUUCUAGGACCAGCCAGCCUGCAGUGAUUUCAUGCCCCAAUA